AUGUGUAAUAAAUUGAAACUGUUAAAUCUAUUCAUAAUAGUGGCUGUGUGUAGUUGUACAACAUCGGCUGAAUUCGAAACAACUGUAACCCAUAGUGGGCGUGGCUUAUUAACCGACAAUGGUUUAACACGCACCAUACAUCACAUACUAAAUCAAUGUUUAAGUAAAGAUGAUGUGGUAUGGUGUUUCAAAGUACAAGGAGCUAAACUGCUGGGUCGUGCUUUAAAAUUCCAAAACAUUAACAUCAUUGAAGGCGUGGCCUUGGUAAAGAAAAAUGACAGUGAAUUGAGAUCGGGUCGGGCAAGUGUUACGGAUCUUAAACUUAACAAUAGAGACUUGGAAAAUCUCUCAAUGAAAAGUUUGGAUUCUUUGUUAAUGGAACGAUUUCUAUCAUUUAUACGCUCACGACAACUACAAGUCAACAUGCCACGCCUAUUGGCAUUUGGCAAAACGAACAGCCAGGAUUUGUGGCAAAGCAUUAUGGAUUUUUUCACCUCCAAUGAUGAUUCAAGUGCAGAAUCGGAAGGACGUAAGAAAAAAGACGACAAGAAAUAUUUGGGCCCGUUUAUAGCUGCAGUUAUGUUAAAGGCUGCAAUUUUAAAAAUGGCCUAUCAUUCGAUUGCCAUAGUGGCUGGCAAGGCCUUGAUAGUGGGUAAAAUUGCUCUAAUCAUUAGUUCUAUAAUUGGUCUAAAGAAAUUAGUCUCAAACGAGGGUGGCGAGAAGACUACCUAUGAAAUUGUUAAACAUCCUCAAGUCCAGCAAAGUCAUACAUACUCAUCGAGUCAUGCGGGUGAUUAUGAUGGUCAUGAUGGUGGUUCCUCCUACCAUCGCAGCAUGGAUGAUGAAAUGAUGAUGCAAGAUAAGUCCUAUAAUGCUUGGGUGCCGUCCAGUGCGUAAAUCUAAAAGAAAACUAUUAAAAACACA